UAUCAAUUGUCUAACAAAAAAUAAAAUGGAGGACGGUUUAAAAUACGUCAUCAGUAAAGAAGGAAUAAUUAAAUUCAUCGUCAUAUUGUUCGGCUGCGUCACAUUCGCGCUCCUAGCGGACACCGGUUAUUAUUAUUCGACUGCAAUGAAAUGGGUUCUGGCUGCUUUCAUCAUUUCGUUUUCAUUAUCUGUGCUGUUCUACUUCUUCCGUCUUAUAAAACUUGCACCGAAGAUGAAUUGCGGAGGUCCCUUCUCUUAUGACGGAUUUGAUUUCCUCUGGGCCUGGUUUUCAACUAUCUGGUGCCUCACUGCUUCCAUCGUUUUCAGCAUGCAUUUUCCAAAAUCAGAUUUCUACAAAUACGGAGAAGCAAUCGGGAGCAUCAUAUUUGCCUACUUGACUGUCAUAGCUUACGCUGUCGAAGCUUUCUUCCUGAGACUGUACGCUCCGGCUAACAUAGGUUUCGUCGCCACAAAGCCAGGCUGGAUCAAGACAGCAAUUGUCGUCUUCGGUGCAGCAACAUUUGGUCUCAUGGUCGAAUCGGGGUACAACUGGUGCUGGUGGGAGAAAAGUUGCGAUGCGGGAACAACGUACGCAUUGGUCGUCUUCUGUGUGGCUUGGAGCGUCACUACGUUAAUGUGGAUAGGACAUAUGGCGGCUCCUAAAGGAAGCAUCGAAGGAUCGCCCGCUUUUCAAAAAGUCGAAUUUGUUUGGGCAAUUAUCGGAAUCCUGUUUUUCCUGAGUGGAGCGUCGUGUUUUGCAGCGUACAUGGAUUGCAGUGGCAAUGAUUUCGACAAUCUUCCAAAAUGCCAGAAGAGACUCACUGGCGUCAUAGCAGGAUUUCUUGUUGGAGUUCUUUACCUGGUAGAAGCGGUCAUGCUGAAGCCGUAGUAACUUGAAAUAUUGAAAAUACAACCACUCGCACAAAUCCUCCAAAAUAUAAGACAAAGGAACUAGGCCUACAUAUGCCGAGCACCGACAGAACCAGCCAUUUUUUUCAUAAGCGUUUCUGUCACGACUAGUUAGUUACUUGUUUCAUAUAUCUGUUCUCUACUAAUGAGUUUUUAGAUUGAUAAUUUGCAUCUGCACUCACUCCAAUUUGCUUUAUUUUAUGACGAGGUAUGACAUGUUUUUGCCAGGUGGCCAAUUUUGAAAUAAUUUCGUGUUUGUAUCGAAUUAUAGCGUAGGGCAUUUUUUUCUGCUGUGAAUUGGUCUUUUUGAAAAAAUAAACUCGUUUAUUUCAAAUCCUAGUGUGUAAUUAUCCAUUCCUUUGGGUUGAAAUUUCACCACCUACCGCAAUAAAUUUAAUGCAUUAUGUUAUAUUUGUUGUUUUCUAUU